AUGAAAAAAAAUUAUAAAAACGUCGUCGGUGAAAAAUUAAUAACGACUGAUAAUUCCAGAUUUCAAGUUGCUAAAGUUAUAAAUAAUGGAGAUGAAACUGGUCCAGGUUCUGACUAUCGUAUAACUAUACCAAAUAUUGAAAUUGAUAAUUACGACGAAACGGAUGAAUAUGAUAAACCGUUAAAUAAUUCAACAGCAACAACAGCAACAAAUUCUCAAAAACAUGGACAAACAACAAAUCACAACAACACGUACGUGUACGAUCCAAAAAUUUCUAAAAAUUUUUUGGAAUAUACGAGAGAGGCAUUGCCGAGAUUGGAACAUUAUAAAGAUUUCAACAGCGUUCAUCACGCACAACGACCAUCUUUGGAUGCUCUUCAUAACGAUCGAUUUCACGAAAAGGUACAGAGGGAAAAAGAUGAAGAAAAUUCAGAACCUCAGGGUAAAAUAAUAAAAUUCGGAUGGUUGGACGGUGUCUUUAUGAGAUGUCUUUUAAACAUUUGGGGAGUCAUGCUUUUUUUAAGGUUGUCUUGGGUCGUCGGACAAGCGGGAAUAGGCGAAGGGGCUUUAAUUAUAUGUCUGGCAAACGUUGUCACCAUCGUCACGACCAUAUCCAUGUCGGCCGUGUGUACGAACGGUCAAAUAAAAGGGGGAGGCGUGUAUUACAUGAUAUCUCGAUCAUUGGGCCCACAAUUCGGUGGUGCUAUCGGACUCAUGUUCACACUUGCCAAUUCCGUUGCUGUUGCCAUGUACAUCGUAGGAUUUUGCGAAUCUCUUCAGACUUUAUUGAAAACUUUUGAUUUGAUAAUAAUCGAUGGAGAUGUAAACGAUAUAAGAUUGGUGGGAACUUUAACGCUUAUUUUAAUAUUGAUACUCGCCAUUGUUGGCAUGGAUUGGGUGACAAGAACUCAGAUGGUGCUCCUCAUCGUCCUGAUUUUAUCACAAUUGGAUUUCGUGAUAGGAACGAUUGUGGGACCGAAAAAUCAAGAAGAAAUCGCCAAAGGAUUUGUUGGGUAUAACGGUGAACUUUUUACCAAAAAUUUUUUUUCCUCAUAUCAAUUACACGAGGGUAUAGAACACGAUUUCUUUUCCGUUUUUGCUGUUUUUUUUCCAGCAGUAACUGGUAUCGUUGCUGGAGCGAACCUUUCGGGAGAUUUAAAAGAUCCGAGCAGUGCCAUACCUAAAGGUACUCUCCUUGCCAUAUUCGUUACUUUUUUAUCUUAUCUUGCCUAUGCUUUUAUGGUUGGAGGUUGCGUUCUGAGAGAUGCAUCUGGAGACGUCGAAGAUUACAUAAAAGGAUUAAAUGAAUCGAAUCCAUUACUAUAUGUAACCAAUUGCACGAUUGGAAGUUGUAGUUACGGUUUACAAAACGACAGUCAGGCGAUGGAAUUGGCAUCCCUAUGGGGUCCAUUGAUUUACGGUGGUUGUUUUGCUGCUACCUUAUCAUCGGCUAUAGCUAGUUUAGUUGGAGCUCCAAGAGUUCUUCAAGCUUUGGCGAAGGACAAAUUAUAUCCUUUUAUAGGUUUUUUUUCCGAAGGCUACGGAGCGAACAACGAUCCCGUACGAGGUUACGUUCUGGUUUUUUGCACGUCGUUCGCUUGUAUUUUAAUAGCACAAUUGAACGCCAUUGCACCACUUCUAUCCAAUUUUUUUCUGACGGCUUAUGCUUUGAUAAAUUUUUCGGUGUUUCAUGCUUCCAUAUCGAAGAGUCCCGGAUGGAGACCUGCAUUCAAAUACUACAAUGCUUGGGUCAGUUUAUUGGGGACCCUAUUAUGCAUUCUGGUCAUGUUUUUAAUAUCUUGGUGGACGGCAUUAAUAACUUUUGUAGUGGUUGUAACGUUGUACCUAUACGUUUCCUACAGAAAACCAGAUGUCAAUUGGGGAUCCUCGACUCAAGCUCAGUGUUAUAGCAUUGCAUUGCGUUCCGUUAUUGACUUGAACUACAUGGAAGAACAUGUGAAGAAUUACAGGCCGCAAAUUGUCAUAUUGAGCGGUUUGCCAGGAUGGCGACCUCCGUUGGUACAUUUUGGUAAUCUCGUUGUCAAAGGAUUAUCACUUUUAAUCUCUUCACACAUAGUACCCGAAGAAGUUUCGCAAAGAGAAAUUGAUAAUUUAACAAAGAGAGGUCAUAGAUGGUUGGCACAUCAUAAAGUAAAAGGAUUUUUCAAUGUGGUAGCAGCAAAAAAUUUCGAAUCCGGUGCUCGAUCAUUAAUGCAAAACGUGGGAGUUGGAAAAUUGAGACCGAAUAUGUUGCUGAUGGGUUACAAAUCGACGUGGAAAAAAUGCAGUUUGGACGAACUUCUACAAUAUUUUAACGUCAUACACGGUGCAUUAGACAGGCAUUUAGCCAUAGGAAUUCUUCGAAUGCCUUCAGGUUUGGAUUAUUCGAAUAGAAUACAAGAUGAAGAUUUAGUGGCACCUGAAAACGAAAGAGAAAGAAAACGUAGAAAAAGAAAUAAAAAACUCAUUGAUAGAAACAAUUCAUCCAAUCAUCUUUCUUCUGUUUUAAGAAGUCGUUUUAAGGGUACCAUUGUGCCAAAGGUAGAAAGACAACCGUUAGAUUUAGAUGGUAAUCCCGUUUCAAAAGAUGUUUUGGAUAGUCUAAUGCAUUUUCGUAAAAGACAAACGGCUGGAAAUAUUGAUGUGUGGUGGCUAUACGAUGAUGGAGGUUUGACAUUACUCAUACCUUAUAUAUUAAGCACGAGAUCCAUAUUUUCCGAAUGCAGACUAAGAGUUUUCUCAUUGUGUAGUAACGCCGAUGAACUAGAUCAGGAACAAAGAAAGCUGGCAGCAUUGUUAUCAAAAUUUAGAAUAAGUUGCAAAGAUGUCAUAGUUAUACCUGAUAUUAUGAAAAAAGCUCAAACAUCUUCAAGAAUUGAAUUCGAUGGUUUGGUACAAAAUUUUCGAGUUAGAGAUGAUCAAGUGACAGAAGAAAAUAAAUCAAUAGUGAUUUCCGAUACAGAGUAUCAUAAUUUAAGAGAAAAAAGUAACAGACAUAUGAGACUUAGAGAGCUUUUAAGAGAACAUUCAUCUGAUGCAGCUUUUAUCGUUAUGACAUUGCCAGUGCCAAGAAAAGGAUUAGUAUCGGCUCCAAUGUAUAUGGCUUGGUUAGAAUUAUUAACUAAAGGAAUGCCACCAUAUUUAUUAGUUAGAGGCAAUCAAAAUUCUGUAUUGACAUUUUAUUCGUAA